UAUGUCAAAUUUUCUCAACCACUUUUUGCGACAUAACGGCGAAGAAAAAUGUCACUAGAAGCCCAUUAUAUAGAUUUGACUUAUGGAAAUGUAAUGGCAAAAACACUACUUAGUAUAUAAGAACCAUUGGAAAUGUUAAGAAGUACAUUGAGAAGAUCAGUUUAUCAGCCCAAUCGGUUAGUAAGAAGAUUUCAACAUACAGUAAUUGGUAUAGAUCUUGGAACUACUAAUUCAGCUGUUGCUGUAGUACAGGGUAAAGAAGCAAUUAUACUUGAAAAUGAAGAAGGAGGUAGAACUACACCUUCAAUAGUGGCAUUUUCAAAUAAUGAUAGUAAAACUUUAGUAGGACUUGCAGCUAAAAGACAAGCUGUUAUUAAUCCUGAAAAUACUUUCUUUGCUACUAAAAGAUUAAUUGGUAGAAAAUUUAAUGAUGAAGAAGUUCAGCGAGAUCUUGAUCAUGUACCAUAUAAAAUAGUACCCCAUAAUAAUGGAGAUGCUUGUCUUGAAACAUCAGGUGGUAAACAAAUAUCUCCUUCAGAAAUUAGUUCAUUAAUUCUUCAAAAAAUGAAAAAUAUUGCUGAAAGUAAUUUACCAAAACAUCAAUUACCUAUUAAACAUGCAGUUGUAACUGUUCCAGCAUAUUUUAAUGAUUCUCAAAGACAGGCUACUAAGAAUUCCGGUAAAUUGGUAGGACUUGAAGUCUUAAGAGUGGUUAAUGAACCAACAGCUGCUGCACUUGCCUAUGGAAUUAAUAAUAAACAAAAGGAUGGAAUUGUAGCUGUAUUUGAUUUAGGAGGAGGAACAUUUGAUAUAUCAAUUUUAGAUAUUGAUGAAGGAGUAUUUGAAGUUAGAGCAACUAAUGGUAAUACUCAUUUGGGAGGUGAAGAUUUUGAUAUCUUAUUAUUAAAUUAUAUAUUGAAUACUUUCAAACAAGACAGUGGAAUAGAUUUACUGCAAGAUAGAUUAGCAGUUCAAAGAAUUCGUGAAGCUGCUGAAAAGUGUAAGAUUGAAUUAUCUCAUAUUAAAGAAACAGAAAUUAAUAUUCCAUUUAUUACUAAAGAUAAACAUAUAAAUAUUAAAUUAACUGAAGAUCAAUUAGAUGAAAUGUCAUUACAUUUAAUUAAUAAAACUAUAGAUCCAGUUAAAAGAUGUAUAAGAGAUGCAGAAUUAAAAAUAGAAGAUAUAGAUGAAGUUAUACUUGUAGGAGGUAUGACUAGAAUGCCGAAAAUUAGAAAAAUUGUUGAAAGUAUAUUUAAUAAAGUUCCUAAUACUGAAGUUAAUCCUGAUGAAGCUGUAGCAUUAGGAGCUGCUAUUCAAGGUGCAGUAUUAUCAGGUCAAAUAAAGGAUGUUGUAUUACUUGAUGUAACUCCUCUUUCAUUAGGUAUUGAAACUUAUGGAGGAAUCUUUAGUCCCUUAAUCCCUAGAAAUUCAGCAGUACCCAUUAAAAAGGAACAAAUAUUUUCAACGGCAGUUGAUAAUCAAACUGGAGUUGAAAUAAGAGUAUAUCAAGGUGAAAGAUCAUUAGUUAAAGAUAAUAAACUUAUAGGAGAUUUUCAAUUAGCCAAUAUUCCUCGAGGUCCAAAGGGUACACCCCAAAUUGGAGUAACCUUUGAAAUUGAUGCUGAUGGAAUUAUAAAUGUAUCAGCUACUGAUAAAACUAAAUAUGGUAAAGAUCUGGAACAUUAUGGUAAACCAAAUACUGUAUCAAUUCAAGUUUCUGGAGAAACAGGAUUACUGGAAGAAGAAGUUAAAAGUAUACUUGAAGAAAGUAUUAAGAAUAAAGCCAGAGAUGAAGAAUUACGUAAAUAUUUUGAACAUGCUUCAAGAGCAGAUAUUAUAUGUACUGAUACGGAAAAUGCUUUAAUUCAAUUUGGAGAUUUUAUGGAAGAAGAAGUUAAGAAUUCAAUUAAUUUGGAUAUUGAUUCAAUUCGAUCUAAGAUCAAUGACAUUAGAAAUAAUAAGACAUUACAUGAUCCUACAGUACUUAAUCAAGAAGUAACUGCUAUGCAAGAAAAAUGUUUGGAGGCAAUCAGACAAGUUGCUCUUAAGCAACAACAAGAACAGGAACAAUUAAAGCUAAAGCAAAAGUAAUAUGUUCCUUUCUUGUAUGUAAAUAGGUAAUAUAUGUAUUAAUGUACAGAGAGAUAUUUUUCUAUGACGUAUAUCUAGUAACUAGUAACUAAUAACUAAUAACUAAUCAUCAGUUUCCAUUCUAUCACCAGAAGGAUCGGUAGUGGUAUUAGUGUCAUCUUCAGGUGCAGUUUCAGUAGCUGUAGUAGUUUCUUCAGAUGCAGGAUUCUCAU